AUGGUGGGACCGUGUCGGCCACAGAUCGUGCUGUUCGGAUCAUCCAUAGUGCAAAUAUCCUAUAGCUUUGGAGGGUGGGGUGCUAUCCUCGCUGACCUCUACGCUCGUAAGGCAGAUAUAGUACUGCGAGGAUAUUCUGGUUGGAACUCAAGACUUGCUCUUCAAGUUUUGGAUCAGGUUUUUCCAAAGGAUGCAGCUGUUCAGCCUUCGCUGGUUAUAGUAUAUUUUGGUGGUAAUGAUGCAAUGAAACCUCACCCAAGUGGCCUCGGAGCUCAUGUUCCUCUUCCUGAAUAUGUUGAAAACAUGAAAAAGAUUGCUGUUCAUCUCAAGAGUCUUUCAGAGAAGACGCGGCUACUCUUUCUUACUUGUCCUCCUGUAAAUGAGGCAGAAAUUCGUGAAUAUUUUGGUAAUGCAUUGGAUGAUCAAGAACGGACGAAUGAGUUAUGUGGUAUAUAUGCUGAAGCUUUAGUUGAGUUGUGUAGAGUAUUGGAUGUCAAAGUCAUCAAUCUUUGGACUGCGAUUCAGCAAAGAGAUGAUUGGGAAACAGCUUGCUUUCUCGACGGAAUCCAUUUGUCGAGUGAAGGGUCAAAAAUUGUAGCGACGGAGAUAUUGAAGGCCCUCAAAGAGGCUGACUGGGAACCGAGUCUCUACUGGAUGUCAAUGCCAGCUGAAUUUUCAGAGGAUUCACCAUAUUAUACUGUUGGUCCUGACGGUAAAAGUACCGUAAAUGUUUCUCGUCUUCUUAGUCGUUUACACAACGAGAUGAUUGGUCAAAUUGGUUUGAAGAACUUGGAAUUCUUACCUGAAAUUGUACCUGUAUUGAUCACUGUCUUGAAGGAUGAUACACCAGCUGUUGCUCGACAAGCCAUUGCAUGUGGUAUUGAUAUAUUUCGCUCCACUCUGGUCAAAAUUGCUGUCCAGGGCCUCUACUCAAGCGAGUUGAAUGCAUCUCUUAGAUCAUCAUGGGCAUGUGUGCUAAAGUUCAGGGAUGAAAUAUACUCAAUGGCGUUUCAGGUGGGAAGUGAUGGGAGAAGGUUGGCUGCACUGAAAUUUGUGGAAGCAGUAGUUGUACUUUACACACCUGAUCCUAAUGGCUCUUUGGAGAUUCCUCCUGAUCAAUUUUCUGAAGGGAAGUUUGAGGAGUUCAAUAUUUCAUGGCUUCGUGGAGGUCAUCCCGUACUCAAUAUUGGAGAUUUGUCAGUUGAAGCAAGCCAGAACCUGGGUCUAUUGCUUGAUCAGCUGAGAUUCCCAACAGUUAAAUCACUUAGUAGCUUGACAAUAAUUGUGCUCAUAAAAAGUCUUUCAGCUGUUGCAAGGAAGAGGCCUGCCUUUUAUGGUCGCAUAUUGCCAGUUUUACUUGGUCUGGAUCCUUCAAGCUCUGCUAGCAAAGGAAUGCAUCUUUCUGGAGUGCAUCAUGCUCUGAAGAAUGCAUUCGAGUCUUGUUUGAGUUGCACACACCCUGGUGCUGCACCGUGGAGGGAUCGUCUAGUUAGUGCACUGGAAGAAAUAAAAGCUGGAAGGUCAUCAGUACACGCUUUGAACCAUGUAUGUGAGGACAAUGGAAGUGCGGACUGGAAAGAUGAUUCACGAAUGGCUCAGGAUGAAAAGCCUUCAAUUGAAGCAUUUGCUGCUGAGCAUGCUGAUGCUGGGAGAAAAAGACCUGGAGUGCAGGAUAUUUCUGUUUUGCCUGGGGAUGAAUUGUCUGGGAAGCGUGCUAGAACAGGACUUGGAGUUUCAGAGGAAUCAGUGCAAGAGACAAGUGGGAUUUGGGAAGGAGCCCCUUCGAGAGGACCAUUAACAUCCACUUCAGAUGCAGAUAAUGGACCGGUGCAGCAGCUUGUUGCAAUGUUUAGUGCAUUGGUGGCUCAGGGUGAAAUAGCUGUUGCAUACUUAGAGAUUCUCAUUUCUAGCAUAUCUGCUGACCUGCUAGCUGAAGUUGUUAUGACUAACAUGCGAAAUCUUUCUCCAAAUCGCCCUAAUUCUGAAGGGGAUGGAGAGCCUGUCCCAAUGAUGGGUUCUCAACCUGGUAUGAUUGGAAGUGAUACACACCUCAAAAAAUUAUCUUCAUUGUUGACAGACAUACUUUCACGAUCUGGGUCGUCUCCGCAGAAAGAUAUCCAAGUUGAAUCUCAUCAUUCAUUGUCCAGUGGAUUUGAGCUAGCUCAAGGAGAAGAAGAUCUGAAGUCAAAAUCUGAACCACUGGUGAAUUUGGCUGAUAGUAAUGUUUCAUAUGAUGGCUUUGAUUCAGCAAGUCGACAAGCAACAGAACCUAUUAUUGGAUCUGUUUCUACUGAGCAUAUUCCAUCUGGAACUGAUACUGGUUAUCCUUCGUUGACAUCUGACACCAUUGACGUCGAAACUGUAGUGAAUGAAAUACCUGGUCUUGCUUCGUCCACUCAAGAUGAUGGAUUGCCAGUAACAGUGGCUGUCUCUUCACUGGACUCCACUGAUUUAGAGGAUACCAGUCCAGAGCAAGUCACUGGUUUAAGUAGGUCACCAUUAGAAUUAGUUCCAUCAAUGUCAACAGAUAGGUCUGAGGAGCUUAGUCCAAAAGCAGCAGUCAUGGAUAUAGCCUCUUCUAUCGGGUUACCUACGCCAUUGGUUCUGCCCAAGAUGUCUGCCCCUGUCAUGUACCUUGCCGAUGAACAGAAGGACCAUUUAGAAGAAUCAGCUUUUCUGCGCAUCAUUGAUGCAUAUAAACAAAUAGCAGUAGCAGGAGAUUCUCAACUCCGUUUCUCCAUUCUUGCACAUUCAGGAAUUAAGUUCCCCUCAGAGUUAGACCUGUGGAAGCCUCUGCAAGCGCACAUAUUGUCCGACUAUGUAAAUCAUGAGGGGCACGAGUUAACAUUGCGUGUCCUCUACAGGCUACAUGGUGAGGCAGAAGAAGACCAUGAUUUUGUUUCUUCAACGACUGCAAAAUCUGUCUAUGAGAUGUUUCUUCUUAAAGUGGCAGAAACACUAAGAGAUUCUUUUCCAGCUUCUGAGAAAUUUUUGAGCAGAUUGCUUGUUGAAGUCCCUUACCUGCCAAAAUCAAUCUUCAAAAUGCUGGAGUGCUUGUGUUCUCCUGGUAGUAGUGAUAAUGAUGAUAAGGAGUUGCAUAGUGGUGAUCGGGUUACCCAGGGCCUUAGUGCUAUAUGGAGCCUAGUUUUGCUGAGACCUCCAAUUCGAGAUCCGUGCCUCAGAAUUGCUUUGAAGAGCGCAACUCAUCACUUGGAAGAAGUGCGUAUGAAGGCAAUACGUCUGGUGGCAAAUAAGCUUUAUCCUCUACCAUCCGUCUCUGAAGAAAUUGAAGAUUUUGCCAAGGAAAUGCUGCUCUCAGUUGCAAACAUAGAUCUUACUACAGAGAGAAGUGAUACUGAUGGGCUCGAUACUGGAUCACAGAAGGAUGAACAGCCUUCAAGUGAUAAUCAAUCGGUUAGUGCCAUUGUCAAAGACAUUUCAAUCGAUACUCAUCGGUUAACCUCUUCAGAAAGCAUAUCAUCUUCGUCUAUAGCUGAAGUGCAAAAGUUCACAGCCCUCUACUUUGCCCUGUGUACAAAGAAGCACUCUCUUUUUCGCCAAAUAUUUGAUGUCUAUAAUAACAUGUCCAAGGUGGCAAAACAGGCCGUUCAUCAUCAAAUUCCUUUGCUUGUCCGAACCAUUGGCUCAUCGCCCUAUCUCCUUGAUAUUAUAUCAGAUCCACCAACUGGAAGUGAAGGGCUCCUGAUGCAGGUAGUGCACACACUCACAGAUGGAACGGUUCCUUCUCCAGAGUUGUUAUCUACUGUUAGGAAGCUAUAUGAUACAAGACUGAAGGAAAUAGACAUUUUGAUUCCAAUAUUAUCGUUCCUGCCUAAACACGAGGUUUUACUUAUUUUCUCGCAUCUGGUGAAUGCCCCACUGGAUAAGUUCCAAGCUUCUCUUUCUCGCGUUCUGCAGGGGUCCACUCAUUCUGGUCCAGUGCUCACUCCAGAGGAAGCAUUAAUUGCCAUCCAUGGGAUUGAUCCAGACAGAGAUGGAAUUCCCUUGAAGAAGGUCACAGAUGCAUGCAAUGCUUGUUUUGAGCAGCGACAAAUAUUUUCUCAGCAGGUUCUUGCUAAGGUUUUGAACCAAUUGGUUGAACAAAUUCCUCUUCCCUUAUUAUUUAUGCGUACGGUACUGCAGGCCAUAGGCGCCUUUCCUUCUUUGGUGGACUUUAUAAUGGAGAUUCUCUCUCGGCUUGUAAGCAAGCAGAUAUGGAAAUAUCCAAAGCUGUGGGUAGGAUUUGUGAAGUGUGCUCAGUUGACGAAGCCACAAUCUUUCAGUGUGCUGCUUCAGCUACCUUCAGCGCAGCUUGAAAAUGCCUUGAAUAAAAUUCCUGCAGUAAAGGCUCCCUUAGUUGCCCAUGCAAGUCAACCGCAUAUAAAAUCUUCACUUCCAAGGUCUACCUUGGUCGUUCUUAGCAUUGCAUCAGAUACUCAAACUUCAAGUCAGAUACAGCCAAACCAGAAUGAGGCUGGGGAUACAGGCAAUUCAAAUAGAGAAACGGCGACAGAAUCUUCUACUGUCAGUUGA